UUUUUCUUUGGAUCUUUUCUAUUUUCUUCACGGAGAUCUUAGAUGGAAACCAAAGACUUCGUGGAUGUAAAAUCCAUCAAGAAAUUUCCAUUAACAAUAAGGUUGGUAGUUUUAGUUGUCGUUGUGGUUUGUGGAAUAUACAUUUGCGCAAUUUCUUUAGAGCAAAAAGGUGUACGCCCAAGUACCAAGUUGUUAGACGUCACCGUUUUCAAGCAGCCAUGUAAUCAUUCUUCUGGGGUGGGACAAUGGGAAGUACCUUACUUGCAUUAUCCAGAACCCAAAACCUUUAGUAGAGAAGAGUGUGCUUGCAAUCCUGUUCUGUUUUUCUGCAUUGUGUCAAUGCAAAGAUCUGGGAGUGGUUGGUUUGAGACAUUUUUGAACAGUCACAUUAAUGUAAGCUCCAACGGAGAAAUAUUUUCGGUAGGUAAAAGAAGGGCCAACGUUUCUACGAUUUUGGAGACAUUGGAUAAGGUGUAUAAUCUUGAUUGGUUUUCUAGUGCUUCCAAGAAUGAGUGCUCUGCAGCUGUUGGCUUCAAGUGGAUGCUUAAUCAGGAUUUGUUGACGUAUCACGAAGAAAUUGUAGAAUACUUUGAACGAAGACGAGUUUCUAUAAUAUUCCUAUUCAGAAGGAACUUGCUCCGUAGAAUGAUAUCAGUGCUAGCGAAUUCCUAUGACAAAGAUGCCAAGCCACUAAAUGGAACCCAUAAGUCUCACGUUCACUCUCCAUCGGAGGCUAAAAUUCUUGCCAAUUAUAGACCACAAAUCAAUAUUACAUUAUUGAUACCAGAGCUAAACCUAACAAAAGAGACAACAACAAAAGCCAUUACAUAUUUUAAGAACACUCGCCACAUUGUUCUCUACUACGAGGAUCUCGUCAAUAAUCGCACGAAACUCAAGGAUGUUCAAGAAUUUCUAAAAGUGCCAUACAGAGAUCUACAGAGUCGUCAAGUAAAGAUACACACUGCCCCAUUAACGCAACAAAUUGAAAACUGGGAUGAGGUCAAGAAAGCGCUGACAGGGACACCAUACCAAAGGUUUCUUGGAAAAGACUAAUCCAAUGUAGCAAUUUUUUUUCAUAAGAUUAGACCAACAUUUAAUGUUCCUAUAUAGCUUGUACAUGUAAAAGAUUUUGUGACUAGGCAUAAGAUUAUUUCAAGUAUUUAUCUGAGUGCAACUUUUUUUUGGAAAAAGCAAGCAUAAUGGAA